AUGAGUGGCAACUCUAGCGCAGGUCGAAAAAAAGGCGGCGGAUUUUUAGCUAGACAAGCUCAAAAAAAGAAAUCCAUCACCGAAGAAGAACUACUUAAUAAAGAUAUUAUUCGCCCGGAAGAUGUUACAAGAUUGGGCAAGAUGACAGAAAAUUACCUCUGUAAGCCUUCGGCCAAUGUCUUUGGUAUCGAAUUUACGCGAUUUAAAAUACGGGAUAUGGAAAGUGGAGAUGUCAUAUUUGAAAUAGCUAAACCCGAUAAUGCUGAAGAAAUACCACAGGAAACAAACAACGAUGAUGAUGAUGAUCCAAGAAGAGGCCGAUAUGUCCGAUAUCAAUUUAGUCCUAAAUUUCUGGAUUUGAAAUCUGUUGGAGCAACGGUAGAAUUUGUUGUUGGCGAUAAAGCUAUUAAUAGCUUUCGAAUGAUUGAAUGUCAUUAUUUCCGUGAAAAAUUGUUAAAGAGCUUUGAUUUCGAUUUCGGUUUUUGUAUACCUAACAGCAAGAAUACAUGCGAGCACAUCUACGAAUAUCCUGAGUUAAACCCCGAUCUGAAAGAGGAAAUGAUCAACAGUCCAUUCGAAACUAGAUCGGAUAGUUUCUAUUUUGUUGAUAAUAAAUUGGUUAUGCAUAACAAAGCGGAUUAUUGCUAUAAUGCUGAAAUGUAA